GAAGCGUGUUGUUGGUUGCCAUGACGACACGUCUAUUAAAGCUUUUAAGGCUAAAGAGACUCGGGCCAGAUUAUGAUAGCAGGUGUUGCCAUACAGACUGCUACGCAGUAUGUGGGACAACGAGAUGGAGAAAUAACAACGAAACAAUCCGACAUUAUAAAUUUGUUUCUCUAACUCAUCGACGGCAGGUCAUUGCGCAGCCUGUUGGUGAGUGGAAUAGCUAACCUUCAUUUGCAGAUCAUGACUGAGGCAAAUUCAUCCAAGUCUCAGGAGGAUUAUGUAGACGACUUUGAAAAGGAGCUUGACUGGCUAAUUAAAGAGGAGGGCCAAAAUGAAGAACAGGGCUCUGACUAUGGGGACAUAGACGCAGAAAUAGACAAAGAGCUGGAGAAGGAAGAGACUCCAGGAGAAGGAAUAGAAAAUGAAAACAAAAACCAAAAACCAGAGAAUGAAGAAAGGUGGCCGUCUCCUAUGGAGCCAGUAGGCUCUGACAUAGAGCAGGAGAGUACAUCAUUAGAGAGUACAUCGUUACAUACAGAAACACCUUCUCCUGAGAUAAAUGACCAACCAGAUGAAGAACAGAUGUACAUCUUGGAUAAAAUCGAGCAGGCCAACAAGGAACUGCAGGAACAGGACACGCCAGAUAUGAAGAGACAGAAAGGUGUUCAUUUUAAAGACACACUGGUGGACCUGGUGGUGCCCCCACUUUUUUCAGAUAGCAACUCCGAUGACACCGAUGAAGAACAGGAGAGAGCCUUGAUUGCAAGUGCAGCAUCUGUGGUAUCAGGGAUGUUGUCCAACUUAAUCAUUGACUCUAGUGGACAAAUUAGCACCAAGGACAAAGCCAAGGUUUCAGAUGCAGAGUCUGAGGUAUCACAGAAGAGGUCCGAGUUAUACACCAGUGAUACUGAAGGAGAAGUCAGCAACUUCGAUGACACCGAUGAAGAACAGGAGAGAGCCUUGAUUGCAAGUGCAGCAUCUGUGGUAUCAGGGAUGUUGUCCAACUUAAUCAUUGACUCUAGUGGACAAAUUAGCAUCAAGGACAAAGCCGAGGUUUCAGAUGCAGAUUCUGAGGUAUCACGGAAGAUAUCUGAGUUAACAUCUUCUCCUUAUGACGAAAGCAAGGAAUUCAGAAGAUUUAGUGGUGAAGGACUCCAGGAAACUAAGGAGAGUAAAGUGCUUGUGGAAAAAGAUGCACCGCGACCUCCAACUAAGCCCAAGGUCAGACCCACUUCGGCCAGCCAAGGCCAGAGAGAGACUCAGAUGAGAAACGGCAAGAGGCGAGUGCAGUCUGCGACAGGUACUCCUUCCAAGGCGACUUUUGCUCUCUCUCCACAGCAAAAGGAGCUGUUGCAGAAGACGAAGGAGAGGAAGGAGAGGCUUGCCAGAGAGGCAGAGCAGAGGAAACGUGAGAAAGAGGAGCUCAGGAGACAGGAGAACGAGCAGGCCUUCAAGAGGUGGUUGAUAAGGAAAAGAGAACAGAUUUUUGAGGAGAGAAAGAUUCAUCGUGCCAAGGAUGUAGAGAGGAUGAAUGCUAAGAGAGACUUCUAUGACCCAGAGGAGGCCUACAGGUCAUGGAUGAAGAAGAAAACGGAGCAGGUGCAGAAAGAGAGACAGAUUCUGGAGCUCAGGAAAAUGGAGGAGGAUUGUAGCUGCCUAAUGCACAGCCGCCAGGAUUGUGACCAUGCCUUCAAUCUGUGGCUGAAGCGGAAACAUGAGGAGAAGCGAGCAAAGCGGAUGUUAGCCUUAGAGCACUCCCGCAGGGUGAGGGUGGAGGUGCGGCGUGCGCGCCGUAUGACUGAGCUGAUCUAUGCUGUCAGUGAAACCAGACCCUUCCAGUUCACGGACGAUUCCGCUUACCGCUACUGAGGCAAACAAGCCCCACACACCUUCCUAAUCCAUGCACAACAUCCAGCGCUUAUUAAAAAUUACAACUGAAAUUGAUUUUAUCAUAUAUAUUUGUUCGCAAGGUAUGAAUGAAAUGUUGUGUGUACUCUGCAUUAUGUUGUAUCGUUUCCUGUGCUGUAUUACAGUACAUUUUGAAAAAACUAAACCUCAGUGACCUCCUUUCAUGUAAACAGACCUCAAUCAAUCAUCCAGUAAAUUGAGUGCAUUGUUUUUAUUAUGAUUCUCAUUACAUGCCUUUGAUCAGAGUGCUUGAUUCAUUUUAUGUAGACCAAGCUAAUUCUCAUGAAUGAAAAACUUUAUAUACCGAUGAAUUUUGAAAGAUGUAAAAAAAAAAAAAAAGGUUGUUUUACUGUUUUGUGUCUAAGAAAAACUAAACAGUACAAUUUUAGCACUUUUUACAUUUUGGUUGAAUCCAAACUAUAAUAAACAUUUAUAGUCAGUAGC